GUUUUGGAACUUGAAGUUUGGGUCGAAUUUUCUGGGCUCGACUUACACGACGAAGCGAAUUGACGGUUUGGCGCGGACGCAUUUGUGAAAAUGGUGAAGUCUUACCUCAAAUACGAGCACUCAAAGUCCUUUGGCAUCGUAGCGUCGAGUACCUCUAACAUCAUAUGGACCGCGAAUGAUCGCUCAAAUACAAGUGCCGGUCAUGCGAUUGUCGCCGCAAACGAAGAGGUUCUUACCUGGGAUAUCAAGAAGGGGGAGCUUUUGAGUCGCUGGAGGGAUGAAAACUGCUCUGCUCAAGUAACAGCCAUCGCGCAAAGCAAGAGCGACAAAGAUGUCUUCGCUAUUGGCUAUGACGAUGGCAGCAUCCGUUUAUGGGACAGCAAAAUUGCGACCACCAUAGUCAGUUUCAAUGGUCAUCGAUCCACGAUUACGAUCCUCGCAUUCGACCAGUCUGGGGUGCGCCUUGCAAGUGGCUCGAAAGACACGGAUGUUAUUAUGUGGGAUUUGGUGGCAGAGGUGGGUCAGUACAAGCUUCGAGGACACAAGGAUCAGAUCACCGGUCUGGCAUUCGUGGAGCCGCAGCCGGAAGUAUCUGAGGAUACUGCCGACCAGGCAAUGGUCGUUGAAGGCGCAGCUACAUCGGAGGGCUUUCUGCUUACAACCGGAAAGGACUCUUUGAUCAAGCUGUGGGAUCUGUCUUCUCGGCAUUGCAUCGAGACUCAUAUCGCCCAGACAAAUGGCGAAUGCUGGGCAUUGGGUCUGACUCCAGACUUUAGUGGUGCUGUCACCGCCGGCAACUCAGGCGAGAUGAAAGUCUGGUCACUUGACACAUCUGGAUUGAUCACGUCACAGCAGCAAGUCGAUAUCCCCCAAAGUAGGCAUUUUCUUCAGGACCGAGGCACCCUCCUCCGUCAAGGCAAGGACAAAGCCACCGAAAUCAUCUUCCACCCCCGCCGAGACUAUUUCACCGUACAUGGCUCUGAUAAAUCGGUCGAAAUCUGGAGGAUACGAAGUGAAUCAGAGAUCAAGAAGAGUCUGGCCAGAAAGAAGAAGAGAAGAAAGGAAAAGUUGGCCUCGAAAAAAGGCGCCGAGGAUGAAGAGAUGGAUGUCGAUGGAGAGCAGGAUGAGGACCCCAGUAAAGCUUCUGUCAUCGAGUCAUUCGCGCAACAUCUUAUUAUUCGGACUGGCGGGAAGGUGAGAUCUGUUGACUGGGUGCUCAAGCAUGGUCAUAAGGGGCUUCAAUUACUCGUCGGGACCACUAAUAACCAGCUGGAAUUGUAUAACAUCACAAAGGAGAAGAGCAAGUCGAAACAGGACGAUGUGCCUGAUUAUAACCGGGCUAUGGCAGUUGAGCUUCCCGGCCACCGAGCCGACAUUCGUGCUUUGGCCUUGAGCUCUGACGACAAAAUGCUUGCCACUGCAUCCAACGGCAGCCUCAAGAUCUGGAAUGUAAAAACGCAGUCAUGCAUCCGUACGUUCGAGUGUGGGUAUGCUCUAUGCUGUGCGUUUUUGCCGGGAGACAAGGUUGUCAUCGUUGGAACCAAGGGAGGCGAGAUCGAAUUGUUCGAUGUUGCAUCAGCGCAGCUACUUGAUAAUGUCUCCGCUCACGAAGGAGCCGUCUGGUCACUACAAGUUCAUCCCGAUGGUCGAUCAGUGGUCACUGGAAGCGCCGAUAAGACCGCCAAGUUUUGGAACUUCCAUAUUGUACAAGAAGAAGUGCUUGGGACUACUCGAACAACGCCACGGCUCAAAUUGAGCCAAUCAAGAACUCUCAAGGUUUCCGACGAUAUUCUGAGUCUCAGGUUUUCCCCUGACGCAAAGCUAUUGGCUGUUGCUCUCCUGGACAGCACGGUGAAGGUGUUUUUCACAGACUCGCUGAAGCUUUACCUGAAUCUUUAUGGCCACAAAUUACCGGUUCUCAAUAUGGAUAUAUCAUACGACAGUAAACUCAUCGUCACCUGUUCGGCAGACAAGAAUGUACGCAUAUGGGGUCUCGAUUUUGGCGAUUGCCACAAAGCUUUAUUCGCGCAUCAAGACAGUAUUUUGCAGGUUGCGUUUGUCCCGCAUAAUCAGGAUGGCAACGGCCAUCACUUCUUCAGCGCAAGUAAGGACCGUACAAUCAAGUAUUGGGACGGUGACAAAUUCGAGCAAAUCCAGCGAAUCGACGGCCACCAUGGUGAGAUAUGGGCACUUGCGAUGAGUCGGAGCGGUAGCUUUAUUGUCAGUGCAAGUCAUGACAAGAGCAUUCGAGUGUGGGAGGAGACGGACGAACAGAUCUUCCUUGAAGAAGAACGGGAAAAGGAAAUUGAAGAGCUUUACGAGAAGACUCUGACUUCGUCUCUCGAACGGGACCCUGAUGAAGACAAAGACGUCGAGGUCGCUGCUGCCACCAAACAGACGGUAGAAACGUUGAUGGCCGGUGAACGCAUUGCAGAGGCCCUCGAGCUCGGAAUGGCCGAUUUGCAUGUCAUGCGGGAAUGGGAGGAAGCCAAGGCAGCCAACCCGAAUGUUGGACCGCCCCAACGAGACCCCAUCUUCGUGUACCAAGGAAACAUCAGCGCCGAGGAAUACGUCAUGAGUGUUCUGCGAAAGAUCAAAGCAUCUGCUUUGCAUGACGCACUGCUGGUACUGCCCUUCGCAACGGUCCCGUUGCUCUUCACCUUCCUCAAUCUCUUUGCCCUAAGAUCGAUGAAUAUCCCCCUCACCUGCCGGAUACUCUUCUUCAUGCUUAAGACUCACCACAACCAAAUUGUGAGCAGCAGGACAAUGAGGGUUAUGCUUGACGGCAUCCGAACAAAUCUCCGAAAGUCUCUCAAGAGGCAAAAGGAUGAAAUGGGCUACAACAUCGCUGCGUUGAAAGUGGUCGGGAUGCAACUUAGGUAUAACAGUGUCAAGGACUAUCUUGACGAGAACUGGGAAAAUGAGGAUGAAAGCCAGAACGUCAAGAAACGGACCUUUGUUCAUGUGUCCUAGGAUGAAGUCCAUGGUCCUAGACACUUAUAGACACUCACCGAUACCUUCAACGGCGGCUAUGGUAGACAGGCACAAUACUGGGUCAUUGUAAUAUUGAACCAUUCUAUAUACCUUCACUGUGAUCCACGACGCGUCCCAUUCCGUUAUUCGUACCCUAUUAAAGCUGAACCGAACUGCAGUAGAUGCUGAAGUGCAUUCCAAGCUGCAAAAACCUUCGAAAACAACACUUCGCAGUGUGCAACCCCUCCCCCACAAAAGUCAGGGGGGUGGGGGGAGGGCAAUGCGAGCUAGUCUCCACUUUGGGCCGGGGAUCGCACUGAG